ACUACGAGGCGCUGACGGGUCGGCGUCUGCCGCUACGACUCCGCCGCAGCUGCCGCACCUUCGUGACCUCCAUCCUGCUGGUGUCGCUGCCCCUGACGGCCUCCAUGUCGAUCAGCGUGCCGCAGUACCAGCUGUGGCGCGUGCUGCCGAUCAUGCAGUACAACGCGUUCAUCAUGGGCGUGCCCGCGCUGUGGUGGUGCCUGUGCCAGGCGCUGGCGCAGGCUAGCGCCACCCUCGCCGCCACCCUGGUCGAGGUGCCCGUCAACAGGGCCGCGGUGCGCGCGCACGGUGCCCUCUGGGUGCAACUCAACGACAACCUCAUUGCGUUGGGCGCGAGGUGGGGACACACCAAGUACUUCCUGAUGCUGCUUCUCUUCGUCGAGUGGGUGAUCGCUGCCUUCACUGUGAUGAGCGAAUUCUUGACGAACGAAGACGCCAAUUUCAUCGUGUUGCUGUCCCAUAUUGCGCUGUUUUCGGGCUCGAUGCUCUUCAUUUCCUGCAGCGGGGCACAGCGAGCCCUUGACGGGGUGGGGCGCUGCUCCCUCAGAGCCCUGCUCCGGCUACCGAUCAGCAGGAUGGACGAGAAGGUAGCGACAGAGGUGGCGCUCGUCCUCACCUCCAUCCAGGCCGCUUCCAAGGAGGAGGUUCUCGUGAACGGCUUUAUCGGUUACAACAGGGCUACCCUCGUGACGUUCCUGAAGAAUACUGCAACUUAUCUCGUGGUUCUGGUUCAGUUCGCCUCAACUCUAGCAUAGAAGAGCAGGGGCACGCGUGAUGCAACUGGUAGAUCGCAAGACACUGCGGAAAGUUUCGCUGCUGGCACUAGACGUUUGUUGAGGGCGCUUUACUGUUAAUCUGUUUAACUUUCUCUACAAGCCCCGAGGUGCGUCAGGAAGAAGUUGAGCACCAGUAAACACAAGUUGUUCCUGGAGCAAAGCCUCACAAAGCCUUCAGUGCGGCGAAGGCCUUUGAGUCUGGAGCGGUCUGGAGACUACAUUAAUAUUCUCGACGCA